ACGCCCUCUCCACCAAUCGAGUCCAGUAAACGUCGGCGUAGCUCAUAGCCGGGAUAGUGGACAAUAUUCUUCAGGUCAUCUGAAAUCAGUAGUGUUUUCUAAUAUGGUUUGUGGCGGAUUCACCUGUUCGAAAAAUGCCCUCUGUUCCCUGAAUGUUGUUUACAUGCUGGUUGGGCUCCUGCUCAUUGGAGUUGCAGCAUGGGGGAAGGGUUUCGGCUUGGUGUCGAGCAUCCAUAUCAUCGGAGGAGUCAUAGCAGUGGGCGUCUUCCUGCUGCUUAUCGCCAUUGUUGGACUCAUAGGAGCGAUACACCACCACCAAGUCAUGCUUUUCUUUUACAUGGUGAUCCUGUUUAUUGUUUUCCUCUUCCAAUUUGGAGUUUCCUGUUCCUGCUUGGCAAUGAACCGAGGACAACAGGUGGCUCUUCUCAACUCCACCUGGGGGAUUAUGCUGAAUGACACAAAGACCGACCUGGAGAGUCAACUCAACUGCUGCGGGCUGCUGAACACCACUGACAGCAGGCAAACGUUUGAAGCUGACGUGGAAAACUGCCGCGCUCCAUGCAAAAAGGAAGACCGCUGUCAGUCCUGUGGGGAUAAGAUGCUGAAUCAUGCAACAGAGGCUCUGAAGAUCCUUGGGGGCGUUGGGCUCUUCUUCAGCUUCUCAGAGAUCCUGGGAGUGUGGCUCGCCGUGCGCUACAGGAACCAGAAGGAUCCUCGAGCGAAUCCGAGCGCUUUCCUAUAGUCUGUCCUACACAUCCCGCAGCCGACACUUUUCUUCUUCAGACACACUGGUCCAACACAGAUCACCGCACACACCCAGAGGCAGACAUUGAAAACCACACAGAAUGGAUGAGGGCACCCAGCACCUGGCCUACACUGAGAACCAAACUGCACGGUCGUAUAUCAGCAACCACAACAACCCUUCUCAGAGCUGGAUGCUCGUGCAUGAACGGAUGACUGGUAACACCGGUGAGUUUUACUAGUUCAGCCUUGAUUUGAGUCCCAGCGCUUCUGAAUGCAGCCUGUUAAUAAAAGGUCAUGAGAGAUUUCUGCAUGUGCGCCCACAUAAAAAUCUCAUCCCGCACACCAACCAAGGACUCCAUAUCUACUAACCUGUAUGCACCUUGAAAUGUUCCUCUUGUCUCUAGUUUAGUGAAACCGUGUAACAGCUGUUUCCCUCUGCUCACUGCUGUCAGUAAUAUGCACCCAACAUGUUCAUCGUGAUCAGGAGAAACAAGGCACUGUAUUGAAAUGGUGAUGUUAAGUAGUUUUUGUUUUCUUUAUGAAUUAUUUUGCUCCCCACGCUUUGCAGAUAUUGGGAGUUUAGAAGGUAGAUUUUAGGUAACAGUUGCUAGUCAUUCAGUUAGUUUCUAAUGUUUGUGAACUGUAACUGAGCCAGCUAACUUAUGAGUCUGCGACAUCCACAUGCCACAGACUGCAGCCUCGAUGUUGUACAUAUUCUUAUUUAAAAAUAGCUCAGAAAUCGCUGUGUGGAUUUGCAGAAGUAGUCGCCGCCACGCUUCCCUGUGUUUGCCCCGUUCCUCCGUGUGGCACAGUGUUGAUUUGUAGUAGAGAAGUGGAUUCCGGUACGAUCCGUGAGCUCCGCUGCAACCGUAAGAAAUCACGCAGUAAAGCCUUUUCACGUGUCAUUUGUUUCAGAAAAGAAAAAGAAUAUUGCCGAAGCGGCUUGUUAUAAUUUUUUUUUUAUUGUGUUAAUUGUGAUUCUCUCCCUGUUGCAAUUUUAAAACCUUCAUAAACAGCGACUCUUAUUAGUUAUGUUUGUUGCUCCAUUAAGCUUGUAUUCAUCAGUGUUAAAUGCUUUGUGAAAAAAAUAGAAAUAAUGCUUGUUAAAUAUUUUAGACUCUAUUUAAGUUUAGUGCACAUUAAGUGGAUGUUGAUAUAAUUUUUCUCUGUAUUUGACAUUUCCUGUUGAUGGAUACUCAACUGCUCAUGAGUUUUAAUUUUCUCCUAUGAAUGGAUUUUAACCUAAAGGACUAACUCAAGCUGUAAUGAAUCGUCUUACUUGAAGCCGUCUUCUUUGCUGAUGUGGAUUUCUCGCUGCUGGUUUGGACUUCUUGUCGAUGUAAACAUUCAGACAGAUCUUAAUGCCAGAUAUUACAUGUAUUGACUUUGAAUUUGUGUGCACCUGUUAUUGAAAUGUAUGACUUUUUGAGACUUAAUUUUCCAAAUAAUAAAACUUCAA